AUGCAGCUCACCCUCCUCAUCUCGUGCUCUCUAUGCGCCUUCCUGAAUUUGGGUUUGGCCGCAGAUGCGCGUUCGAACAAGCCGGCCGUAGUCAUGGUCCCCGGAGCUUUCCACUCGCCUGAGGUUUUCGGGAAGGUGACACGUCAGUUAGCUCAAGCCGACUACGAGUUCCUCGACGCUGUUGCUCUACCCUCAGUCGGCCACCUGGUCGGUCGACAGGCUGAUACAAACGCUGUCAAGUCGGUUCUCUACAAGCAUCUCAACGCCGGUAGGGACGUGGUCCUGGUUGGAAACAGCUAUGGCUGCACUGUCAUUGGAGAGGCCGUCAACGGCGCUCCUCGCUACUCGGCCUCAUCAGCUAGCCCCGUCGCUACCGACUCCGUAGGUCGCGGUCGUAUCAUCAGCCUCAUUUACCUUGCCGGCUACAUUCCCACCAUUCAGGAGGUCGAGCAUCCCGCCAGCAAACCAGACAUACACGACGUGUCUCCAGCAUUGUUCAAUUACCACGACGAUACGGGCAAGGUCACAGCUGACGGCGACCCUACUCUCCCACCCCAGAAGGCCUUCUACAAUCUUCUACCGCCGAGAGAGGCUGAUUACUGGACCGGCAAGCUCGACUUCUCCUCGUUUGACGCCUUGAAUGCCACUGCGACAUACAUACCUUACACGGGCGACUUCGAGGUUGUAUAUGUGGUCGGGAGCCAAGACAAGUCUGUUACACCUGAGUGGGCGCAGGCUUUCAUUGAUCAGCCAGGUGCAAAAUUCACCGUGGAGCACCUUGAUGCUGACCAUAUUUCGAUGCUGAGCAAGCCGAAGGAGGUCUCGGGCUUGAUCGUCAAGUACUCCAAGAAUCCUUAUGCAUAA